AUGUCUAGCACAGAGGUAUAUACAUGUAUCUUUGCUAUUGUGCAGGUUAUUUCCUCCACACGCACCAAGCCGAAUGUGUACAUGUUAACUGUGUCGGCCUUGGUUCAGAGUAUAAAUGCCUUCAUGCAGGUUGGAAACAUAGACAGUCGAACACAUCAAGGUUCUAACCAACAUGUUUGUAGAGGUAAACUAACAUUUUUUCAUUUCUUAGUCUUCAUUAUUGCCGCAACACGUGGCACCAGCUUACCUGAUAAUACAGAAAGGACCCUCAUUGAGAAAUUGCUGAGAAAUUAUGACGUCAAUGCACGCCCAACGUCUAACCCGCAGGAUUCUGUUCAGGUACGCGUGGGCUUCGCGCUGGACGGGAUCAUCCAGGUUGAUGAAGAAUCCCAGACCAUAACAUCUACAGGUAAAGUCACGUUCGUGUGGAACGAUGAGUAUCUAUCAUGGAAUGAAACCACAUAUAGAGGAGUGAAAAUGUUAGCCCUUGAUAGAUCACGCGUUUGGUUGCCCGAUGCUGUGAUUCCAAGCAGAAAUGGCGGCGAUUUCAUCAUUAACGAAAGCAAAGGAUAUGUGAAUGUCAACUCUGGCGGUCAGCUGACAUUGACAUCUCGUGGGACGUUCGUCACUUUCUGUAGUAUGGCUAUGACAAAGUUUCCAUAUGACCAACACAAGUGUUCUAUUAUUAUAGAACCACAUGUUUCAACGAGCCAACAACAAACAUUUUCUGCCAUGAAGAAAAACAGCACGUCUUCGUUUCAACAAAUUACAACAUGGUCAUUUCUGCGUGAUUCAUGGUCAUGUUCGGUCAAUGGUCAAUCGGACUUGACUCGGUACAGCACGUGCAGGCUCCUAUUUACGGUUACGAGGGAAGGCGAACGUCGUUUCAUUAUCUCAGCCAUUCUACUGAUAGUGUUAUCCAUAAUGAGCUGUUUUGUUUUCUUUUUGUCUGCAAAAACAAUGGAGAAAAUGGUGUUUAUAUUGGUUGUUUUCGUAGCUUACACAUUCGUGUUUACCUUUAUCCAGGAAUCUUUCCGAGAUACAAUAAACGGAUACAGUUAUUUGUAUAUAUACUUUGUUACAGAGUUUGGCAUUAUAAGUUUAAUGUCCAUCAUCGCCAUCUUUACUAUAAACAUUACAUGUAAAGAUGAUUUGAAUAUUCCCCCUUGUCUAAGGUGUCUUGCAAGGGUCGUCACAUGUAAAUUGAAGAAACACGUCAACGUUAUCAGCUCAGAACGAAAUGACAUCAUACGGGCCCCGGGGGUAGACAUGGCGUACAAAAACCGGACCGGAAAGUUCAGUGACAGUUCCGGAUCUGAAUACGUCUAUGAAAUCACAUGGGUGGAUGUAGCGGCUGGAUUGGACAGACUGUUUUUUAUUCUGUUUUUAAUUGUAAAUAUUGUUCUACCUGUGAUCGUGUUCAAUAUGAUCAAUUCUUGA